CCAGACGGGUUACAAGAACGUGAUGACGAACGACGCUCUCUCUUUGCCGCAUCUACUGCGAGGAUGAAGACCAUUCUCAGCAAUCAGACGGUCGACAUCCCGGAGAAUGUCGACAUCACCCUGAAGGGACGCACGGUGAUCGUGAAGGGCCCCAGAGGAACCCUGCGAAGGGACUUCAACCACAUCAACGUAGAACUCAGUCUUCUUGGAAAGAAAAAGAAGAGGCUCCGAGUUGACAAAUGGUGGGGGAACAGGAAAGAGCUGGCUACGGUUCGCACCAUCUGUAGUCACGUGCAGAACAUGAUCAAGGGCGUUACACUGGGCUUCCGAUACAAGAUGAGGUCUGUGUAUGCUCACUUCCCCAUCAACGUUGUUAUUCAGGAGAAUGGUUCUCUUGUUGAAAUCCGAAAUUUCUUGGGUGAAAAAUAUAUCCGCAGGGUUCGGAUGAGGCCAGGUGUUGCUUGUUCUGUAUCUCAAGCCCAAAAAGAUGAGUUAAUUCUUGAAGGAAAUGACAUUGAACUUGUAUCGAACUCAGCUGCUUUGAUUCAGCAAGCCACAACUGUUAAAAACAAGGAUAUCAGAAAAUUUUUGGAUGGUAUCUAUGUUUCUGAAAAAGGAACAGUUCAGCAGGCUGAUGAAUAAGAUCUGAGUUGUCCAUCUGCAGAAACAGCGAGAAGCCGGAUGAUUUUUCAGACUUAUUUGUGAUAUUUUAAAGAUGCAAUAAAAGCUAUACUGAUUUGUG